GCAGAUUUUUUUUUUUGCUCACCAACCUCAACUUGUUCGCAGCGUGGCGCGUCUGUCGCCUCUCACGGGAGACUUUAGCUACAUUUUAGACAUAUUCAUAGACACUGUGUUUUUUUUUUUGUUUGUUUGUUCUCGUUGUGAGUCUGUGAAUAUAAAAUAUGUAUUAUACUACAUGCUGAGCGAUUUUGUGCGUAGGUUCAUUUGAGUCUAUUUGGCGACUUUUAUUUCUAACGUUACCUGUUUUUUAUAUUCGACCCACAUAUGGACAUACUGUGGGAUGAUUUCUGCUUUAAACCUCUCGACAUGAGAUGAAACCCAGAGGAGAUGCUAUAUAAACUGAAUAACGAAAAGAAGAGGACGCGCUAUUUUGGCACAUGGACACACGUCACAUGCGCGGAAUAUAAAGAGGCUGGUUAUGGUUUUUAUGAGCCUUUUGUUUCAGGAUUGCUCAGAAUGCUUAAAUUGUAAGCCAUCAGCUUAAAUCUACAAUACAGGAAUAUAAGAGAGAUAAUGCAGGCAUGCUGAAUCAUAUUUUGUAACCAUACUGUAAGGGAGGUGUUAUAGUGAAUAUUAUAUAGAGAGAAGGGUUCAUGUUAUUGGCUGUUUAAGCAAAUGAUGGUGGCACACUAAACCCAUUAACACCCCAAAGGCUGACAUGGCAUAGGCCUAUAUGCAGUAUAUUAUAUAAAAUAAUCUCUCCCACUAAGUGGCUUGUUAUUAUAGCAGUAAUUGUAGUAUUUCUAAUAUAAUGGACACCAAUCCCGUGGAUGAUGGUUCCUCCAGCGAUGGCAUGGAGAUGGAGAUCAUGCCUGGCUACAUGGAGUUCAUCACCAGAGCUUAUUCAGUCAUGUUCAGUGCCUUUAGAGACUGUACAGACCGGUGCGGACUGGAGCUGUCCAGAAAAACCUUGCUGGAUCAUGCAUACAUAUCCUGGAUGGAGAUCUUUAUGUUCCUCAUGUGCGCGGUCAUGUGGACGAAGGUGCGCAGGGGACUGACCAUGUACGUCUUUGAGCCUUUUGCACAGUGGUGUUGUAUCCAACCAAAAGAUGUCUCGAAGAUGCCAGAGAGUGCGUGGAAGCUGGUCUUCUACACAAUGUCAUGGUCAUACAGCACCUACCUUUUGUUUUUCACUAGCUAUUCCUUCUUUCAAAACCCCCCAUCUGUGUUUUACGACUGGAAGAGUGGGAUGUCGGUUCCCACUGAUAUCACAAUAGCUUACCUAAUCCAGGGCAGCUUCUACGGCCACUCCAUAUAUGCCACCAUCUACAUGGACGCCUGGAGGAAGGACUCCCUUGUGAUGGUGGUGCAUCACUUCAUCACUCUGGCCCUGAUCACAUUCUCCUAUGCCUUCAGAUACCACAACAUCGGCAUUCUCGUCCUCUUUCUUCAUGACAUCAACGACGUUCAGUUGGAGUUCACCAAGCUCAACGUUUACUUCAAGACACGGGGAGGGAAAGAGUACCUCAUCAAUGACGUUCUGUCCAACAUGGGGGCCAUUAGUUUUAGCAUCACAUGGUUUUGGUUCCGUUUGUACUGGUUCCCCCUCAAGGUUCUGUGGGCCUCCUGUGUCACCAGCAUCCAGUCGGUUCCCGGAAUCCCUUUCUAUUUUUUCUUCAACACACUCUUGUUUGCCCUGCUCCUCAUGAAUAUCUACUGGUUCCUGUUCAUUGUACUGUUCGUGGUGAAGGUCCUGACGGGCCAGAUGACGGAGGUAAAUGACGUCCGGGAGUACGAGGAUGAUGAACUAAAGGAGAAAAAAGACACUAAUGAUCAGAUGUCUACUGAAGGGAAACACGUGCAGAACGGGAUCAACAAGAAGAAACAUCUAUAAUGUCUAGGUGCUGCCACCUGCGGGCACUUAACGAUGACUGCAAGAUACUUAUAAAUCCUGGUUUGAUUGUAAUCUCAGAACGCCAAGGUGCUUGGACAGUUAUAAGAAGAAACAAUAUCGACCAUCAUUUGUGUUUUAUCUCUAUUGUUUUUUUUUUUAAUCACUGUUGUUAUAAUUGUAAGCAUAGCACUGUGAUUGUUAUCUCUCGUGUGUAUUAUUUUUUAUUUUUAAGUCAAAUGAGUGACCUUUCACUAAUAAUUAGGAACAUACGGUUGGAGUGCCUAAGAUAUCUCAGCCAGUGAGAAACAAACCCAUGCAUUUUGGAGAACAGCGGAAACCAUGACAACCAGGUUUUGUGGUCGUAAUCUUAGACCAGUUUUUUUUUUUUUUUAGGCCACUGUUUUUGUCUUUCUGAUGUAUCUGUUUUCAUUCCACGAGUGAAAGAAUUAAAAACUGGUCAAUACGUAACUUGUGUAGUGAGUACUAGUCGAGUGGUUCUCAGAUAGAAGGUCUGAUCUGAAAAACAGGAAAAGGAACAUUUAAAAGCGUAUAAUGCUAAUGCAAAUUAUAAAAUGCAAUUAACUACGUAAUCACACAUAGGGGAGUGAAACAAAACCAAUUCUUACCAUAUCUUUUGUUGUUUGCAUCAAAAGGGAGGCUGUGCGUCCAAUCACUCAUCAGUAUUUUGGCACAAAUUCAUGUUCAUCCAUCACUUUCACAGUGUGGGCUUAACUGUGCGUUCACACCAGACGUGACUUGCGCGAAUAAAUCGCGCUAUUCGUGCGUAGUUGGAUGCUUGAACAUUUUGAGUUUAUUUGCUUCAUUCGUGCGUGAAAUUCACUUCACAACAGAUGUGAAUUCGCGUCAUGGGAGGGGCUUCUGCCAGUUGAGUUCAAGCAGCAUUGUGAUUUCAACCACCAUUUAUUCGGAUAAUUUUCAAAAUAGUACUGUUAUAGUGUCAUGAAAUGUAGUUUUAAAAGUAUUUCAGGCGAGAAUGUAGUUGUUUUAAACUCAAAUAUGCGGUUUAUUUAUAAAGACAGCGCCUAUUUAAAAAUGUGUUUCGCUGGUUUCGGAGACGAUCAGCUCCACGCGAUCAGCGGGAGCUCAGAGCUCAUGUUACCGAUGAGAGCAGUCUCACCGCGGCUAGUCCUUCUGACAUUUGCCGCUGGCUCUGAUGUCUCUUUAGUGGUUAAACAUAAAAUAUAAUAUGUUUUGGGUAAAUCUAACAGGUAAUCUUUGGUCUUAAUUCAAUUAAUCUAUUAAUAUGUUAAAAUGAAAAUAAAAAUAAAAAGAGGCAAUACUGUUUGAUAUUUCGUUUCAUUGAAAUGCAGGCUGUAUGGCCUUCACAUUUCCCUGAACUACGUUUCUGCGGCUAUUUAAUAUGUUUAAAUGAAAACUAAAGGAGGCGGUGGUGUUUUUUGUUCAAGUUUAGAUUGUUAUAGUUUUCAAAUGAUAAAUGGAGUCACGGUUUCUAUAAAAGUACAAAGAUGUAUCGUACAGCUCCGGGUAUCCACAUACAGCGACGAUGAUUUUGUCCUCCAUUGUUGUUUCGGAUUUCUGCCUCCGCUAGUCAUAAUCACAUCACUACUAGAGCAAGCUCCUGAUUGGUUAACGCGGUGCGAAUUUUCGCCAAAGUUCAGAUUUUUCAACUCGUGCGAAUCACGCGUUAUGCUCGUCAAAACGCCCGAAACGCUCAAUUCGCGCCGCGUCUUUUGCGCCGCAGGAUGUCUAUUCGCGUCUUUGCAUUGACUUAACAUGUAAAUCACUCGCGCUUAACGCUUCAUUUGCAUCUGGUGUGAACGCACCAUUAGUAGUCCAUGAUAAUAUUAACACUUUUCAAUUUUAAGGAAUUUAAAAACAACAACAACAAAAAAGUACAAUACAUAAUACUGUACAAUACAUAAAAAUCAGUAUCCUGUUGAUCAGUACCUCAAAACCAGUUGAGAACCUCUGUUCUAGUACAUCAACUGUCUUGUUUAGUACUACUAAGUUUAAGUUAUCCAACUAACUUGCACCCUAUUCAGGGUUACAACCACAAAUCAGCCUGACCUGCAUCAAUCAAAAUCGUGUUUGUACAGUAUAACCGUGUUUGAAUGUACAGGAGUUAUCACUUUCAAUGUUAGGAUUACAAUAAUACUGCUUGCAUUCCUUCCGUCGUUAUUUUUCCCCCGCUAGCAACCGUUGCUGUAAUGGCGCGAUCUAAAGCUAGCUUCUGAUUGGCUAAAUUGUUACAGACGCUAUAUCGUGUUUAUUUUACAAAAAUAUAGAUCGAGAACUUAUAAUUGGUAGUGGAUGAUUAUUCAGUCCGACAUUUUUUUGCUACCGACUCAAAAUAAUCAAAGUAUUUAUGCAGAUGUUGUAUUCAGGAACGCAUGCUAUUUGAGAAUAUGCUGUAUUAAGAAAUCUUACGACAAAAGACCAAAUGGAACUGAUAUUAUCUCGCGUGACGUAUUGAUUACUCCAAAACUAUCGCAAUACUUGAAUCGUUGAUUUGCCUACUGUAUCAAAAGUUCCGUUGUGGAUAAAGCUCGUAAUCUUCGCGCACAAAUGCUGACGAGGUCUGUGCGUCGCGCUCUUUGGUCACGUCUUCCGUUCGUGAUGCUAGCUUGAGCUAAGAGCUAGCCGCUUAUGAUUUUGGAUGUUUUGUUUUUGCGUGAAAUACUCCUUAACGCAACGCAUACCGCUGAUGCUGUUUUCUAUGUACACGUCCAUUGUUUAUAAAGCAGCCGUUAGUUUCUAGGCUUCAGUUAUUUUUCCCCGUCAUGUCAAAUCACUGAAGAAAAACGUUGUAGUUAAAUGCCGUUGUGGUUAGAUGAUGACCCUCAUUCUGCGAAACAUUUUCAGAGUUUGUUUGGAGUUAUAAUUCGGGUUACCAAUUAGCAAUAACCGUUAAACGCCACCAUACACUCCAUUGACUUCAUAUAUAUAUAUAUAUAUUUGUGUUUAUAUAUA